CCAAACUGAAGAAAAACCCCAACAGACUACUUCUUCUACUACAGUUUCAUUUCAAAAUAGUAACAACUGUUCCAAAACUAACCAUGUCUCCGUUCAUGGUUGUCUUCGCAACAAUCGCAGCAGCGAUCCUCCUAUGUCGUUUAAUAAACUUCUUAAAGCGUUCUUCUUCUCUGCCACUCCCUCCAGGCCCAAAACCCUGGCCCGUUCUCGGGAAUUUCCCACACAUGGGCCCAGUGCCUCACCACUCCCUCGCCGCCUUGGCCCGCGUUCACGGCCCGUUGAUGCACCUGCGUCUCGGAUUCGUCGACGUCGUCGUGGCGGCGUCCGCGUCGGUAGCCGAACAGUUUUUGAAGAUUCAUGACUCUAAUUUCAGCAGCCGGCCACCGAACGCCGGAGCCAAAUACAUAGCCUAUAACUACCAGGACCUGGUGUUCGCCCCCUAUGGCCCGCGGUGGCGGUUGCUCCGGAAACUCACCUCCGUUCACCUCUUCUCCGGGAAGGCCCUGGAUGUAUUUAGACACUUGCGUGAGGAAGAGGUGGGAAGACUUACACGUAACCUGGGGAGUUCAGAGGGAAAAGCAGUGAAUUUGGGGCAAGUGUUGAACGUGUGCACCACGAACGCAUUGGCGAGGGUGAUGAUCGGACGGCGAGUGUUCGACGACGGGAACGGCGGCUGCGAUCCUAGGGCUGACGAGUUCAAGAACAUGGUGGUGGAGGUGAUGGUGUUGGCCGGCGUUUUCAACAUCGGCGACUUUAUUCCGUCGCUCGAGUGGCUUGAUCUUCAAGGAGUGCAAGCUAAGAUGAAGAAAUUGCAUCAAAGAUUUGAUGCAUUUUUGAGCACCAUUAUUGAAGAACACGAUUCUUCUUCCAACAAUCUCUUGAGUAUCUUGUUGUCUCUUCAAGAUGCGAAGGACGAUGACGGAAACCAUCUUACUCACACAGAGAUCAAAGCAUUGCUGCUGAAUAUGUUUACGGCUGGAACCGACACGUCAUCGAGCACAACAGAAUGGGCCAUCGCCGAACUGAUCCGAAAUCCAAGAGUCCUGACCCAAGUCCAGCAAGAGUUGGACUCUGUUGUGGGCCGAGACAGGAGCGUGAAAGAGGAGGACUUGGCCCAUCUCCCGUACUUACAAGCUGUGAUUAAGGAAACCUUCAGGCUCCACCCAUCAACCCCUCUUUCUCUGCCACGUGUCGCUGCCGAGAGCUGCGAGAUAUUUGGGUACCACAUUCCUAAGGGUUCGACUCUCUUGGUGAAUGUUUGGGCCAUAGCCCGUGACCCGAAGGAAUGGGCCGAUCCGUUGGAGUUCAGGCCCGAAAGGUUCCUUCCCGGCGGUGAGAAGGCUGAUGUUGACGUUAAGGGCAAUGACUUUGAGGUUAUACCAUUCGGUGCUGGGCGAAGGAUUUGCGCUGGGCUCAGCCUUGGGCUUCGAAUGGUCCAACUUCUAACUGCAACCUUGGCCCAUUCUUUUGAUUGGGAACUGGAAAAUGGGCUGAACCCAGAAAAGAUGAACAUGGAUGAAGCCUAUGGGCUGACCUUACAGCGGGCUGAGCCUCUGUCAGUGGUUCCCAGGCCCAGGCUCUCACCACAUGUUUACUCAAUGUAUUUAUAAUUUUUAAGCUUCUCGCUUUCUUAAUAGUGCUUAUGUUCCUUACUUUUUCUUAACUUGAGUUUUAGUAACAAUAAAAAUAUAUUGGUGAUAUUGUGUAA